AACAUGCGCAGUCGUUUCGUUUAAAACCGUCAGCUGACUUGUUGUUGUUCCACUGACGGCUACUCGGCUAGCGAUUGUGUUGGAUUGUGUUUGUGAAUAUUGAAUAAUUUUAAUCCAACAAAAACUGUUUGGUUAAAACAGAUAUAUAAAAAAGUUGAACAUAAAAGUAUUUAAACUAGUAGAAAUUAAAUUUUAAAAAUGCUUGCAACUAUUGGAAAAAAGUGUAGUUCAACGGUUCUCAAGAACAUCAGACAGCUGCAUGUAUCAGCAAGUCAAUCAUCUGAUCAUCUAUUUGUCCACAGAGAUAGUGAACAAGAUAAUCCAAAUAUUCCAUUUGAUUUUAAUGAUGCCAAUAAAAAAAGAAUUGAAGCAAUACUUGCAAUAUAUCCAGAAGGACAUAAACGAGGAGCAAUGAUGCCACUACUAGAUUUGGCACAACGUCAACAUGGAUGGUUGCCUAUUUCUGCAAUGCACAAAGUUGCUGAAAUAAUUGGUGUUUCAAAUAUGAGAGUAUAUGAAGUUGCAACAUUUUAUACAAUGUUUAAUAGAAGACCAAUGGGUAAAUAUCAUGUACAAAUUUGUACAUGUACACCAUGCUGGCUACGAGAUUCUGAUUCAAUUCUUAAAGCUGUUGAAGAAGCAACAAAUUGUAAAGUGGGUGGUACAUCUGAUGAUAAAUUAUUUACUAUAUCUGAAGUUGAGUGCCUUGGUGCAUGUGCAAAUGCACCUAUGCUUCAAGUCAAUGAUGAUUACUACGAAGAUUUGACUGCUGAUACAACUAAAGCUAUUAUUAAUAAAUUAAAAUCUGGUGAUAGACCAACACCUGGUCCACAGACAAAAACUCGUUUUGCUGCUGAUCCAUCUGGUGGUUUAACAUCACUAACAGCCCCACCACCUGGACCCGGUGAAGGUGUCAGAAGUGAUUUAUAAAAAUAUACAAAAUUAUCAUCGUUAAAUUUGCGAUUUGAACAUAUUAGUCGUCUUAUUUAAACUUGUUUAUUCAAAAUUAAAAUCGUAUAAAUUUUCGAAACUAUUGAAAAUUAAUUAUACUCUAUUAUAUUUGAAAUAAUAAUAAUGGCUUUUUCAUUUUUAACAUUCACCCACAAGUAUAUACUACAUAUAUUUCAUAAAAAAAAAAAAAUACUUUUUAUUUUUUCUUUUAUAUAAAUUUUAAAAAGUGUUUCAUUAAAAUAAAUUUUUUCAUUUUCUUAUUUUUUUAUGAUUCACAAGCGAUCGUAAGGCUUCAGAUAUUUUUUCUCUUUUUUCAACUUCAUUAAUUAAAAUUUUUAUUAUUUUACAAAAGCAUAUGAUAUAUUUUUUAAGUUAGAAAAAAAAGAAAAAAAUUAUUAAAUGAAAAAGCAAGAAUAUUUAGGUCAUAAAUGCAUGUUCGUUCAGCCAUAACAAACGUUUGACAUGAGAGCUUUUAUCAGGGUGGGGUUUAAUUUUCCUUCCAGGCAACUUGAUGACUUGCGCUUGCGUAUUAUAUUUAUAACAUAAUUACAUAAUUAUAAAUAAAACGCCUGUGGUAAACACCCAAAUGUGUGUGAUGAUGAUGUUGAUAGUUCAUUCAAUGUCCUUAAAUACAUAUUAACUCUUUAUACUCACGCAAUUACAAAAUAUCUAUUUCAAUCUUAUAAUUAUUUUCUCCAAAAUUUUAAUGACAUCAAGUAUCUCGUAAUAAAAUCAUUUAUAAAAAUUUAAAUUCAUUAUUAUCAUAAAUUUAAUAUAUCAUUUUAAUUUAAAAAUUUAAAAUACUUACUCAAUUUAUUUCACUUUUUAAUUGAAAUUAUAUAUCAAGUUACUAAUUUAAUUUAGUUUAUUUUUUUUCAUUUCUUAAUUUAUUUGUAAAAAAGAGAAAAUAGUCCAUUAAACGUUAAACAUUGCAAUUAUUUCCUGAUGAUAUUUGAAAAAGAAAAAAAAAUAUAAUAUAAUGAAGUUGGAAAGUAAAAUCAAUUGACAAUAAAUUUGAUAAGAUGUAGAAAAUCUAAUCAAGGAAAACGAGUCCUCGGAUACCUCAUUGGAAAUUUUAUUUUACACACUCUCAAACUACUCUUGCAAUUAAUCCUCCUGAUCUCUUUUUCUAUUUUUUUUUUUUUUUCUUUUUUUGUGUUAUUUUUCUCAUCGUAGCAAUUCAAUUUCCACGUGAAGAAGAAUUAAAAAAAAAAAAUUAUCAAGUGGUCUAUUUGCAAUGAAAUUCUUUUGAGAAACAAAUUUUCCAUCUAAUGCUUAAAUGUUCAAAAAAGAAAAACAAAAAAUGAGCAAAAAAAAAAAA